CAUCUUACCGUAGUAACGUGGUCUCACUUGCGUAGAGUCUAGCAGGCCGUAGUAAGGUGAGGCCAGAUGGGCCGCAUGGCCCGGCCCACUCGGGACGCUGCCUGAGAUCCUUCUGGAACUCUCUCCCACCAUCGUCACUCGCCAACCCGUUAGCCGUGCAGCGGUCUCGGAAACGCGCUCGAAACAUCUCCAGCUCGUCGAACCUUCUCGCUCGCCGGCCACCGCACUGCAGCUCUCUCAAGUUUCGCCACCCUAUAAAUGGACCCCCUCGCCGUCUUGUAGCCACCGCGUCAUACCAAGCGGAGAAACAAGAGACGACGAACUAAGGCUAACGGAUACUCUUAUUAGCGACCUUGAUCACGUGGAGUUGCUGCUCAGUUGAUCUUCGUACGUACGUCCUCGGAUCAGUGAUGUUGUCGAGGAGAGCUGCUGCAUUCGCGCUUGCUUGCUUCGCCUUGAUGGCGGCGCUGGCGGACGGCGCGCUGCUCCCGUGGUUUGGGGAAGGCAGGCGCGGGCGCGACGAGGCCGCAGCGCCGCUGUCCGACGUGGGCCUCCUCGCCGACCCGUUCCGGAUCCUGGAGCACAUCCCCUUCGGCUUCGACCGCGACGACGUGGCCAUGGUGUCCAUGGCCCGCGUCGACUGGCGCGAGACCCCUGAGUCCCACGAGAUCGUCGUCGACGUGCCGGGGAUGAGGAAGGAGGACCUGAAGAUCGAGAUCGAGGAGAACCGGGUGCUGCGGAUCAGUGGCGAGCGGCGGCGGGAGGAGGAGCAGAAGGGCGACCACUGGCACCGGGAGGAGCGCUCCUACGGCAGGUUCUGGCGCCAGUUCCGCCUGCCCAACAACGCCGACCUCGACACCGUCGCCGCCAGCCUCGACAACGGCGUCCUCACCGUGCGCUUUCGGAAGCUGGCGCCCGACCAGAUCAAGGGCCCGCGCGUGGUCGGCAUCGCAGGGGGCGACGCCAAGAAGAGCAUUGGCGGCGGGGCCGGCGCCGAGGAGCAUCAGGCCAAGAAGGUCGAGCUCUGAACCGCGAAGUUAGGAGGGUGACUGCAUGUCCUGUGUGCCCACUCAUGCUUGUUGUCUCUAUGCUGUGGUACUCCACGUUGUAUCCUGUCGAGAGAACGGUGAUGUAUCAUGUAAGCGUGCGAACUGUGGAAUAAAAAUUUUCUGAUCUUCCUUAACGUUCAAAAAAAGUUGCCGAGCAGUUUUAUAUGACUGA